AUGUGUCCAGAACUACAAAAUCUGAACAUUAUAAUUCUGACACAAUUACCAGACGAUCUAAGACACACACGUCCAGAUACCAGUAAUUAUAAUACGGUAACAAAGGAAAAAUAUAGACCACGAAGUCCCUUCUCAACAGGCACAACUACAAGUGAUUUUGAGUAUAUCAAAAAUGAUGAAGAUUAUUCAAAGAUCAAUUCGAUGUAUAUUAAUACAGUGGAUAAAAAAUCAACUGAAACUGUACGCCCCAGUACGCUAGAAAUAAAUAGAAAAAACAAAAAAGUUACUGAAAGGUCACCUACAUCGCCAUUACCAGACUUAUCUAGUACGAAAAAGUCACCUGUUAAGGAAUCGCCAAGAUCACCAACUAAGCAAUCAACUCCUUCUGACAGGCCAAAACUUGUCAGAACAGAUACAUAUGAGGAACGAGUCAAAGAAAUCCUAGGAAUAAAUAACAAUCAAGAAACCCGUAGGAGUAGUUUGGAAAAGAAUUCUUUAAAGAGAAGCUCCCUAAGGAAAGCUCAACUAGGACAUAUAGCAGUGAUGAUGUGGUUAAGAAAAUCUCCACAAAAAGAACCACUUGGCCCUUAUCCAGAAAGAAAAUCUCCUACUAAGUCAGUACCAAGCGUUACCGAAUUUCCGUCUGGGUCAGAAGAGCUCCAGAAAAGAGCUCAUUUGGAACCAUACCCUGAAAGGAAAUCUUCUACAAAGUCAGUGCCAAGCGUUAGCGAGUUUCCCUCUCACAGAUUAGAAGAUCGCCAGGAAAAGAACCUUUGGAACCUUACCCAGAAAGGAAAUCUCCUACAAAGUCAGUACCUGGUGUCAGUGAGUUCCCCCUCGCAAGUUAGAAGGUCUCCAGAGAGAGACCUUUGGAACCUUUCCCAGAAAGAAAAUCUCCUACAAAGUCAGUACCAAGUGUUUAUAAGAAGAUCUCCCGAAAGGGAACCUUUGGAGCCUUAUCCAGAAAGGAAGUCUCCUACCAAGUCUGUACCGAGCGUUAGUGAGUUUCCAUCACAAGUGAGAAAAUCCCCAGAAAGAGCACCUUUGGAACCUUACCCGGAAAGAAAGUCUCCAGAAAAAUCAGUGCCAAGUGUCAGUGAGUUUCCUUCACAGAUUAGAAGAUCUCCAGAAAGAGAAACCUUGGAACCGUAUCCAGAAAAGAGGUUACCUGCAAAGUCAGUACCUAGUAUUAAUGAGUUCCCAUCUCAGAUACGAAAAUCUCCCGAAAGGGAACCUUUGGAACCUUACCCAGAAAGAAAGUCUUCUACCAAGUCUGUACCUAGUGUUAGUGAGUUUCCUUCACAGGUUAAAAAAUCACCAGAAAAGGUACCUUUGGAACCUUAUCCAGAAAGAAGAACUCCUACAACAUCAGCUCCUACUAUUAGCGAGUUCCCUUCACAAACAAAAAAAUCUCCACAGAAAGAACCUAAAGAGAAAAUUCCCACUGUGUCAAAACCAUCUAAAAUACCAAGUAAAACCAUAUCAAAAGACAAAUCUUCAACCGAUGAAGAGGUUCAUGAAGAUGUCGAAGAAAAAUUCUUUCAGACAUUGGAAACCAGAAAACCUGUUGAGGAGCCUGUAGUUGAGAGAAAAAUAUUUAGUCAGCUUUGCAGAGGGGAUGAAAUAAAAACAAUCAACAAAAAAGAAGCGACACAAAAACUGAUUGAAAGUGAGAUAUUGGAUAACGAGAAAAAACAAUCUAGAACAAGAAAAGAACCAGAAAGCAACACUACUUCCGAAGACGAAACAGAUGUUAUUGAAACUACUUAUAAUGAAGAGAAAAAAACUCAAAGAAAAACAACUGAAAAUGUUUCCAGACGAACAAACGAAAAUUUGAAGCAGGAGAAACUAUUGAAUGGUGAUAAAAAAAUUGUCACAAAAACUACAAGCGAUACAACCAAAUAUAUUAAUAAAGAUUUUACAAAGGAAAAACCAACUAUUAAGAAGACCCCAACUAAUAAAGUGACAGAGAAAACAGUAAAUGGAACUACACCUACCAAGAAAACCCAUACAACAAUUCCUAAGAGUAAAUCAACCCCAACUCAGCAACCUAAAACAACAACAAAUAAACCUAAAUCAAAAUUCCCUAAAUCUAAACCUUCCGAUGAUGCUUCCUCUGACACGAUCAAAAGUUAUCUAAGCCAAAUUAAUGAACAACUGCGAAGAGAGAGUAUAACAACUACAAAAACGUUUGCUUCCGAUGAAGAUGUUGUAGAUCGUGAAUUUGUUGUUAACCUGCAAAGAUCUAAAUCUUCCAGAGAACCUACACCUGAUAGAUUAUGUCCUAGACCUUUAACCAGUGAUGAAGAAGAAGUAAGUCCUGUAAGAUACCCUGACCAAAUAAGUGAACCGGACGAUGGAAGCUUAAGAAGAAAACCUAAGAAAUUAUCUGACAUUCCAAUUUUCGAAUCGGAAGAUACGAACGAUUUUACAAGGAUAACAGAAGUUACCGAUAUUAAGAAAAAAAUAUCUGAAGUGGACAAGGUGGAAGAAACUGACGAAAGUCUUCUUAGUAUUGAUAAGAAAAUUAAUAAGUUCCUGAGUACAGCUGACAAAACGAAGAAAGAACCUGUUAAUAAAGCACCACAAGUGAACAGAAUAAGUGUCGAGAUUUCUGACGAUUUAAAAUCCGACGAAUGCCUGUUGAGUGUUUCUGAUAAAGUCAGCAAGUUUAUUAGCACAGCUGAGCAGCUAACAUCUCAAAAAAUUCCAGGAAGAACACCGAGUUCUAAAAUAUAUGACGGGGUUAAUGUAAACAUCCAGAAAAAAGUGGAGGAAUUUAAAUCUUCCGUAGAGGAAUCUAACAAAUCGAAACAGCCGAGUCAAGCUCCAAAAAGAACAAGGCCAGACUUAUCACAAGUCGAUGAUGAGCUGAAAGAAGAUGAAUGCUUAUUAAGCGUUUCAGACAAAGUUACCAAAUUCAUUUCUACUGCAGAGCAGUUGGCUAACAGUACAAAGCCUGUAAGUUUGUCAAAAAUCACAAUAAAACCAAAAACAAACGAUGAAGAAACUAAACCUGAUAGAAAAUCGCCCACUAAGGAUGUUCAUUUUGAGAGACAACAAACUUAUACCCGUAGAUCAUCAUCUAUAUCACCCGAGAGAUUGAAGUCUCCUUCGCCAAGUCGAAGCACACCAACUAGAAGACAAUCCGAUCAGUAUGCAAGUAUUUCUACUACCGAAGUAACAGACGAAAUUUACAGAACUAAAAACAGAGAUGUGCCUCGCGUAGGAUCUCCAGAAGAUGGAAAAACUAUCUUGAGCACGAGUGGACGUCUUAGAAGUACAGAAAGUAUUAAAAGGGCUAAAGCUUUGUUUGAGAAUGGUGGAUUGGAAAAAACCAAACCGAAACAAAUAGAUAUUUUGAAAAGACCAUCAGUUUUUGAUGAAAGAACGAAGAAGCAUGAGUCAAGGACAACAUCUACAAGUAUUAAAAAUCGGGAAGAGACUAUCAGGAAAUCUUCUAUUCAGGAAUCAGAAAACUUGCGAUCAUCCAAACUAGUUGAGACAGCAACAAGAAGAUCACAAUCACCAUUGAAAUCACCGGAGCGUUAUAAAUCACCCGAAAAAAUAGAAAGGUCGUCCAAACUGGUUGAAACAACAAUAAGAAGAUCGCAGUCACCACAAAAAUCACCGGAACGACCAAAAUCUCCUGAAAAAAUUGAAAUAGCCCGGUUUAGAGCUAGCUCCCCUGAAAAAAUUCCAGAAAUAAUUACAACGGAACCUAGAAGUCGCGAAACAUCUCCAGAGGGUGAUACACCGCAUUAUAUGAAACCACUGGACAGAAGCUUACGACUGAAAAGUCCACAUAGAGACAGUGUUAAUCAAGUAAACAGACAAUCUCAAACAUAUGAUCAGGCAGAUUCCAGGCAAACUAAAUUUGGUGUCACCUUAAGGAGAACAGAUUCUCAAAAAAAUACAAAAGCUACCGAUAAUGUAUCUAGUACUUUAAAACAAAGAAGCAGUAGUACUGUUUUUGAAAAAACAAUUACUGAGGAAGAAAUUGAAGAAAUUUUUGAUCUGGAAAUUCUAGAGGAGUUGUUGGAAAAAGUCGUUAAUUAUGAAUUAAGGAGGAAGAUUCGUAAUCAAAUACGCUUAAUAAAGAAACUAAUUACUGAAGGUACAUUUGAAACUUUCAUUUUAAAUAGGAAAUCGAUAAUAAGACGGGGCUCAAGCCCUACUAAGAGCAAAAGUGUGAGUCCCGAUCGUACUUAUUCAGUUGAUCAAAGAGACAGUAUAACUAGAAAAUCCACCACCGAAAAAUCCGAAUAUCACUCGUUCAGUUCUACAAAACAAAGAUCUAGCGAAUCCUCAAACGUAAUUAAGAAAAGUUCUAGUCCUGUUCGUGAAAGAACAUCUCCUCAAAGACAAAGUCCCGAAAGAAGGGUCUCCAAAACUGUAGCAGUAACGCCUACCGGCAAAACAACCACGACAAAAACUACAGAAGAAAUCCCCGGAGGUGUGAGGGUGACUACAACUACCACCACGGAAUCUAAGACUUUUACUACAUUAAAGAAAACGGUUCCUACUACAAAGAAACAAGUAGAAGAUAACCAACCGGAGUGGGUGAAGCAAAGAAACCUGAAAAACGUCAAAGAAACCAACGCAUCUAACGCAUCGAGGAAGGUCAGUUCUAGUAGCACGGUAACAAAGAAAUCAAGUUUAAGAACCAGUCCAGCAAAGGAUGUUAAAUUGACAGAUAUCAUAACAUCAAGUUAUGGAGUAGGACCGACAGAUGAAAAUGGAACACCAUUGUUUGGACUAAAGGCUUUAAGAGCACAAAACAAGAAUGUUAAAUCUAAAGUUCAAGGAACAGUAGUGUCCAGCGAGUAUUAUUCCGAAAAUGGUCAAGAACCGGUUGGUCAGAUAAGCGUGACGAAAUAUUCGACCGACCCAAAAGAUUUGGACGAAGAAGGUGUGAUUUGGUCCAACGGUAAAGUGGCCAGUGUUACUACCACUCAACAGUUCGGAUACAAAGACACGCCUGCUCUGAAAAGUCUUACCGACAGCAAAAGAACAAAAGAAAUUUGCGAUAAAAACGAGAAAUCGACAACUAAAAGUACUAAAUUAAACAGGAGAAGUUCUGUAAAAACCAUUUCAGAGAAAUUUAUUGAAAAUGCAGUCGAGACUUUGAAGAAUGAGAAGCAAGCAACCUACCCAAAGGCAGGCUUGAUAUUGCGUUCUUCCAGCUUCAAAAAUCAAGGCGACUCUGACAGUAGAGAAGGAUCACCGGUUAAUGUGAGACAAAGCAGUACGUCCAGGACUGGCGAAACGUUUUUAACAAACACAUCAAAAAUAACUGGAGCCGAGGAUGUAAUUACUAGAAUGAAAACUGAAGAAUACCAAGAAGGUGAUUCGGAAGAAGAUAUCGCAGCUAGAGGACUUUUAAAUAAAUUUAUAGGUUCCCAAGUGCUACUAUCUGGAAUGGAAGCACACCAUGCUGCAACUGCAAAAACUCAAACAACAGUUUCAACUUCUCCUAGAGAGAGUAUAAGACGAUCAACAAAGAUAACUUCUACGAUAACUGUAAGCGGCAAACCAAGAACUACAACCAGAGUUUUCCAGAGACCGGUAACAGAAAAGGAACUUGAAACUGUUUGGGACGAGCAAACCUUAAGAUUAUUGUUGGAACAAAGCACUGACUACGAAGAGCGAAGACUUAUCAGAGCUAGAUUACGCCAAAUCAUGGCGGAGCAAGAAGCCUGCACGGCCCUGGUAGACCAGGCAACGAAAGGCGAGGAACCCGCUACACCUACCACCCCCACUGCCGGACAAAUCGAGGGUGAGUCUCAGCUGCUGCCCUUGCUCAAGGGCCUUUUAGACGCUCCCGAAAGCGACAUUACUCCCGAUUCCGGCACCGAAUCUGGCGAAGACCAGAGAUCGAACUUAAUAAACGAAGUUCAAGCCGCUCUGGAGAAGCUCAGCGUGUCGUUAAAGAGCGACCAAACCGACAUUUCGGCUGAGAGACGUAGCAGCUUGCUGCAGUUGGUCAGUAAGCUGCAGGCGGGACUGAACGGUAGCGAUCGAAGAGCUUCCACGUCGGGAAGCAGUACUGGACGAUUCCAAAAACGAAAGAAUAAACAAACGAGACAUACUGUCGGGGUGUCUAAGGAGGAACUGGCUGAUGCUCGAAGGCUCAUCGAGCAAAUUUCGUUAAAUGACCUUGGACCGAGCGCUAGUAGUUCUAAAGUGACACUAAGCAAGCAGAAUAGUGAAAGUAGCGUACCUACCAGCUCUGCCAGCUCCUCAUAUCGCAGUAUCCAUCAGGCCAAAGUUAAGAACGCCACUGCAAGGCCUUUCAGCUCCUCUAACAGUACUACUUCUUCCGUACAAACCCCUACUGAACAUUUCGAAGGCUUUUUUGCUGAAGAAAAGGACAAAGACUCCUCUCUCAUACCACAAAAAACGCCUGAGAAUCAUUCUACUAUCGUACAACAAUCUCCUCAAGCUAAAAUGGAAAGGACUAUCUCCGAAGAUUCAAACGUUAGCAUUAAGUCUGCUUGUAAAGCUGCGCAGCAAGCGGCAGCUAGUAAGAUAGCAGCACUAAAACAAGAAGAAAAAGAAGAAGAAUCUGGUUCGGAAUACGAGGAAGAAGAAGAAGUAGAAGAAGAAGAGGAGGAGGAAGAAGUUGAUAGUAGUACAGUUAAAAGUGCGACCCCGUUAGAAAAUGCUCCAUUAAAAAGCAAUCCUAUUUACUCUGAACCAUCUCAGAGACCCGUAGAAAAUACUUAUAUUAAACCGUCUCAGAAACACGAAGAAAAAUGUAGUAGAUUUGAUACUCAGAAGAAGAUAAAAAUGAAGCGAGCAAACACAAUUGAUAUUCCUAAACCACUAAACUUCUACGAAGAUGAUGAUACUGACUCGGAAAACGAAGAUGAAAACAACAAAAGAAGAGAUAGUUGCUAUGCUCUUAGAGGUCCUGUUGGUGUAGGAAACCCUCACACAAAGAAAAUUGUUCCAACUUUCCAGCCUAAAACAGAAUCGGACAAGAAGUUCAUUGCUUUUAUUAACAAACAUAACGAUAACAAUUCAAACAAAGGAUCUCCCUGGGCGAAAAAUUCAUCAGUUUGGGGCAGUAAAUUCGGAAAUAUCAAAAACACGUUUGAAAAGAGUUCGAGCAAUGACGCGAAAAGUUUUUGGAAAUCGGCAGAUGACAAUAUAACUAUGUCAACACCUAAUCAAUUCGGUCCAAAAAUUAGUAGGCAGAGUGCUAGAAACUUACAGCAAAUGUUCGAAGAAAAGAAGAAAGAAUCCCAAGCCGCUCCACCGUCUUGGAAGAAACCAAAUCAGUCUCACGUUAUUACUGGCUCGUUACAAGUAAAAACCGAACCAGAAAAACAAUAUAAGGUGGUACCUCAACUUUUACCCGUUAACCAGUUCUCGCACGCGCCUCAGAGCGCAUUUAAACCGAUAAAAAGAGUUCCUCAGACCUCUUCAAAUAGAACUUCGUUGGUAUUUUCACCUGAUAAUAACGAACUUAUCAAAAGCGAAAUAAAAGAUCAAAGUGGUUCUGUUUUCCUGUACAGUCCUAAACCAUUAUCUAGCUCUGUGGAAUCGUCGACUGUUACUUCUCCUGUAGGUUCAAAACCAUGGGCAGCUACUACGGGUGGUAGUCGCGUUUUGAGUCUGGCUGCAUCGAGAUUUGAACAGCCUGCGCCAGUUAAAGAACCACCUAGACCACGAAGAUCAAGCAGGGAAAGUAAUAAAAAUGCAGUGAUUAAUUAUCAGGCAAAUGCAAAUGUAAUAGAUCGGAAACCUUCUUAUUUGAAUAAAGCUGUGGAGAAUAGGUCAAGUACAGUUAGAAAAUUAAGCGAUCAAUAUCAAGAUAUAGACAAUAAAGCUGCUGAAUCCCAUCAGAGGCCUCAGACUUAUCAAAUUAAGACUAGCGUAGUCGAAAGUCAGUAUACUCCUCAAGUCAAACCGCCAUCCCAUUCUGUACCCCUGUCUCCCCCUCAAAAUUACAGCAUUAGAUAUGAUCAGCCCGUAAACUAUUCAAUUCGCUACGAUCAACCUCAGAAUCAAACAUAUUCUCAACAAACGACACCUCCUAUAAAUUAUUCUAUUCGGUAUGACCAACCACAAACUCAAUCAUAUCCUCAACAAAAUAGACCAGUAAAUUAUACGAUUCGAUAUGAUCAACCCCAAACUCAAACAAGUACUGUUCAUGAAAAUUAUAAUAAAUACUCACAAGGUCAAACGCAACCAUCACCAAACCAAAAUUAUCAACCUCAAAAUUAUUCAAUCGUUUAUGACAAACCACAACCUGUAAUUCAGUCACCAAAAACUCCUCCUUAUGUACCCCAAAAUACGCCAUUUCAAUACGAACAACCUAGACAAACACAACAAAAUGAAGUUUAUCGACAAGCACCUAUUCAAACUGCUCGACCAAUUCGUCAAAGUUCAAUUGACUCGCCUAAAAAACAAGACGAUUUUACAUCUACAUUUGUAUUUAAACCUGCACAAAAGGUACCAGUUCAAGCUAUCGAACCGGUAGUUCAACCACCGAGAGCAGAAAGACAAAUAUCUAACGAAAGUUUGCAUGAACAUAGUGCUGUAAGUAGCAGAGUAAUGACAGGACCUGUUAGUCAACAAGCAGUAACUGUUAAACAAAAAUCACCUAUGAGUAGAGACCAACAUGACAUGGAAGCUGCCUUUAACUUGCGCAAUUCUUUACAAAAGGUCUCUAAGCAAGACAGCAAAGAAAACAGCAUCAGUCCUAACAAAUCACCAGCCAGGUCACCCAGUAACAGUUUUAGUUAUAAACCAAGACAACCUGAAAUCAGCAGAAGUCCGGGUUUGAGUCAGAGUUUCAAAUACAAAAGCGAAACUCAAAGUAGAGAUGUGUGCAGUUUUAGACCUAGCGAUUGCCCUAAGCCUACUAUUUCACCUAGCAGCUUCAAAUUUAAGUCUAGUUUUGAAGAUACUUUAAAAGAGGCCAAGAGUUGUGGAGUGGUAAAGCCGAUGCAGCAACAGAAACCGAAACCUACACCAAUCUUUAACAACGUGUCUAAAUCUAAUGAGAAACUUCAUAUUAACGAAAAAGGACAGUCGGUUUUAACUGGUCAGUUUCAUAUUCCAGUUAUCAACGUAAAAUCACCUGAAUCGCCUAGAGCUCCUACUCAAGCUCAGGUUCUAAGCAAAUCGGACUCAUGGCAUCAGAUCUGCAUGGGACAUCAAACUACCAGUGAAAAACCUGCACCUAAACCAGGUCCAGUAAAGUCAAAGUCGAGUAAUACGCUUGCUGUGCCAAAAUUGUUCGAAGCGGGAAUGAGCAAAGAGGAGAUGCUUCAUAAAAGAAAGACCAUGGAAGCUUUCUUGUCCGGGAAUAAGAGCCCUCCUGCGGAUGGUGGAGCAAAAACAGUAAGAAGAAGUAUUAAUAGGAUUAGAACGUCAGAAAAGGUGUCCACCCAAACCAAAGUGAGUGGCAGCCUUAGUAGAAGUCGAACGUUACCUGACAUAACUUGUCCACAACAAGUUUCUACGAGGGUCACUCAACAAGUACGAGCGCCCAAACCAAUGUCACCUUUCGCCAAGUUUCGCCAGUUGGACAAACAAAACAGUCUCAACAAACCAACCCCUCCAAGCACCCCGGGUACCCCCCGCGGCACCGGCCCCCUCUUUAAAUUCACCGAUCCCGCCGUGUCGCAGUCCGCGAGCACGAUUAAAGAGCGCCUCUUGCACUGGUGUCGGAUGAAGACUAAGGAAUACGAGAACAUUCAACUAGACAACUUCUCCAGCAGCUGGGCAGACGGACUAGCCUUUUGCGCUCUCAUCCACCAUUUCCUGCCAGACGCCUUCGAUUACAGCACCCUCACGCCAAAAGAUCGUCGACACAACUUUGAACUGGCUUUCCAAGUUGCCGAUGAGAAAGCCGACAUUGCACCACUUUUGGAUGUCGAGGACAUGCUAGAAACCCGAAGGCCAGAUUGGAAAUGCGUUUUUACCUACGUCCAGUCCAUCUACAGACGUUUCAAAGAUGAAGAAGAUUAA